UCAUCUAGAUCUUUCUCGCCAGUGAAAUCCAGUGAAAUGAAAAGCAGAUUGUGCUGCUGGCUGUGUGCUUAAUAUAGUAAGGAGGAAAUGGAAUACAGGAAGGAGGGAAUAUAAUAGUUUGAACUAAUUUUAAUAUUUUAAUAAUGAUCAUUGUACUCAUAAUGAAACUGGGGAGAUAAAAUUUGAGGUGGUAGGAUAUAAUUUGUUAUAAUAAUUGAAUCUCUAAAUACCUUAUGACGGUAUAACGUUUUUUCCCAGUAUGUCAGAGGGUUUUUUUGGAAUAUUUUAUUUUUAAAUAACUAGAAAAUGCCAAGAUUAGAGAUUUGAUAUCAUUGGGAACCAGGAAAGAAAAAAACACAUUUAUUUUUAUAUUAAAUGUUAAUGUAAUUCAUAAAUGUUGAAGAAAGAGUGAUUUGGAAAAGAUAGGAGUUAUCUAUGUAUUGUGUUGUAUGAUAUAUUCAAAUAAUGGGUUCAAGGGCACAGGGAAAUCUUGCAUUCUGGCAAUAUCCUCCUGUAUGUUCUUGAAGUGGGGCUUCUUUUGUUUUUUCCCCCCUCCCUCUGGUGCCUGGUGGUUCUAAUAGCCGUCUGGCUCGCUCUGGUGUUUUGUAAUCUCUGGCCUGGAUUUCUAGGAAGCAGCAAGUAAACUUGCACUGUAGAAUCCUGCUUGCUAAUUGCCUAGUGUGACUGACAGGCAGUUGACGUCAGUGAGGGGCCGCCUCCAGACACAUCUGCUAUGCUGUAGUUGCACACCCAACAAUCAGAGCUUGCUGUCUGCUGGACGGACCAAAGUGUAACACUGAAUGGUCUGCUUGAAAUAAACCAAAAGGCAUUCUGAGAUGGAUACCAGUGAAGAGCUUCCAAGAAAAGUUUUUAAGGCCAGAAAAACCAUGCGCACAAGUGACCGUCAGCAGUUAGAAGUCGUCUAUAAAAGCAAAGAGGAGCUUUUAAAAUCAAAUGACGAAAACAAAACUAAAUUGUGUAAUGGUAGACAUGAAAAUGGAGAUUCUGACAGCAAAAUAUCUCUAAAUACCAACUGCAUGGAUGAUACAGACAUUGAUAGCAUAAAUGAUGUGAGGCUGGGUCCAGAAGAACUACAGGGCAACUCCAUUGAUGAACUUGGUGUUGCACAAACACCUGAACCGAGUCCUGCUGAAAAAUGUCCAAAUGAUGAUAAGGAUUUGAGACCCCAAGAUGAAAAAAAUGACUCAACCCCCCCGGCUGCUGAAGAUGAACAAACGUCUACUGAGAAUGCAGAAAACCAAAAUUUGAUGGAUAAUGAGAGCACAGGAGAUGUUGCAGUGAAUUCAGAGAUUGUUGUGUUGAAGGAGGAUUCUCUAAUUGCAGUUAAAUCAUGUACUGAACCCCAGAGCCUUUUAGAAGAAGGGAAACCACCUUCUAUGGACGAAAACAGGGAUCACGAUGAUGUACCAGAUGAAAAUAGCCUUAAGUUAAAGUCUCCUUCUUCCUCUGUGAGAGAAAAGGAAGACCAUGAAAGUUCAAUGGAUAUUAGUGAAGAGGCAAUAUCAAGUAGCAUAGAAUCUGUGCAGGAGAAAAAUGAUUGUGAAAGCUCUAAGAUGGAGUGUGCAGAGACAGAAAAUGAAAAUGCAGUAAAAGACACAGCAGGUGAGUGCAGAUCAUUUGGGAAUUGCAUACUGGAAAUCGAAGAAAUAAUUCCUAUUUUGGAGAAAUUGGCCCCAGAGAAGGAAAGCGAAUUAUCCAACAAGCAAGAAGUUGUUCCUGAAGUGGAAUCCCCAACACCAAAGGACAUUCCAGUGCAAGAAGAACAAAUGGACACUUUUCUCAGUAGUUCUCCAACAAAAGAGGAAUGUAAUGGCAGCUUGCCGGAAGAGGCAUUUCUUGUCUUAUCAGAUGAGGAUGAGCCAGUAAUUGAGAUGCAAAGAGAAAGUGAAGAGCUGGUACCAAAAAAUGAUAGUCCUCCAGAUAUAGUCCACAAAGAGGAAGCAGUUGACACGAUACAAAAGCAGCAAGAACCAAAUGUAGUAGUGCCACGAAAAAGGUCCAGGUCUGAAGACAUGGACAGUAGUAUAUCGAAGCGGUGUCGAUAUUCUGGAGAUGAAUAUGAAGCAGCCUUAAAAGUGAAGAUCACUGCUCGAGGCGAGAUUCGCGAGACACUGGAGAAGAUCGUUCAGCAAAUUAUUGAAGAGCGGAUAAGCUCCAUGCAAAGUGGUGUUUUCGACAAGAAACUGGCAGAGCUGAAAAACAGAGUAGAAAAGAUAGAAUGCAACACAAGGCAUGAAUCUUUAAUCAAUGGCUUACAGGCAAAGCUAAUGCAGAUAGAGAAAAGGCUGGGGUCAGCAAAUCAAGCUCGAAAUGAUUCCAUCCUGAAAAAGGCACAAGAGAAUAUUUCCGUCUCCAUACCUCAACAAUCAUCUGGAGCCCAGACUACGCAACCCAAUUCUCCCAGCAAAUCCUGCAACCCCCCUGUUAGUGUUUCUAGCACCGUGCAGUGUCGUAGUGGAACAGUAAGGCAGAUGUUGGAUUUAAGAAGAAAUAUAGCUGAUAGCACAGUAUCAGGCCAGCCGUCUGCAAACACAAAUAAUACAGGUAUUGUCACAAACCUCACACCACCUCAGGUAGUUGGCGGACAAACGAAACCUCAGAAUACAGGGUCAUCUGGUGCUGUGGUUACUCCUGUGCUCCCAGCAACUGCAGCGGUGGUAGGAACCAAUCAGUCGGUGCCAGCCUCUGGCAGUAACCAGCCUAUUCCAGUAUCUCUACAGUCAGUGCCAGUAUUACUUACGGUUCCGGUGGCAAUGUCUUCCCAACCUCAGCUUCUGCAGGCCUCAACAAACAACUUGAUGACCAACCAGCAACCCGGACUUGAGUUUCUAUCUGUUCAAUCCCAACCUACGCUUAACAUCCUCCCAAAACCACUUGCACCACAAAUGCUGAAUGUAACAAAAGCAAAUGGUGCUAGUACUUCUUUGCCAAGCCCAGGAGUGCAGAGGAAGUCUCCUGCAACUAUGGGAUCAAUGCAGAUAAGUAAUGCUAUUUCCAAUCAGACUGCUUCUGUGAUUAGUUCCCAGACUGUUCUUUCACCGGUUUCACAAAUUUCCCGGACGUCACAGCAAUCUUUGAAUUCUCCAGGUCAUUUUAGCCCUUCAAAUACUACUAGGCCUGGAUUACCACCAAGGCCAUCACAGACUUACGGCCAAGGACUAGUUUCUGUGUCAUCAGGUCAACCAUUAACAUCCAGCUCAGAUGCCACCAAUAUAGGACCAUCCAGAACAGAAAGUAGCCUCAGUCAGGGCACCCAGAGACUUUCUACAGCAGUUCCUGGAGAAUCGCCAGCCAUUAAGAAAACUUCUCCUAGUGGCAACCAGAAUGGAAAGACAGGAGGAAGUGACACGGGAGCCGUCAUUGACCUGACAGGUGAUGAUGAAGAUGAAAUGUCUGCACAAGGUUCCAAGAAACAAAAUCAGCCUGUAAGCCAAGCAACGAGCCAGAUUCUGGUAUCCUCACCCACCAUCCAGACCCAGGUUCGACCUCCUGCAGCCCCCCAGGGGAUGUCUCCACAGCAGACCACCACACAGUCCCACUUACCGACAACCCAGACCAGCCCCAGUACGAUCGCGUUAACUGUGCAGACGGCCAGUGUGCAAAGCAUGUCUGCAGGUAGAGUAUUGACAGGGCAAACGAGUGUUAACAUAUUGCAGCUUCAACGUCCUCAGAUGCCGCCACCCCCUUCACAGAAUCCGGUCAGACUGCCACUUCCUGCUCUCCAAAGAGGAAGCACCAAUCCAGCGGUUUACACAGCGCCCCCCGCAUACCCAAGUCAUACUGCAGUGCGUGCAGUGACAACGCAGAGCCAAGCAAUGCGCCAGCCCAGUCCUCAGCCCCCUGUCACUGCAGGAAUGUCAAUUCGGCUGCCUCAAACCUCGUACAUUGUCAACAAUGUGAUCUCCAUCCCAAUGAUGCCGAAUAUGCCUCAGUUCACGGUACAUCACCGCCCUUCACAGCAGGAGCCACCACGACCCAUCCACCCGGCGCCGCUCCCUGAAGCCCAGGCACCACAGCGGCUACCUCCCGAGGCAGCCAACACCUCCCCGCCCCAGAAGCCCCAACUGAAGUUGGCCCGUGUCCAGAGCCAAAACGGAAUUGUCUUGUCCUGGAGUGUCUCUGAAGUGGACCGCACUUGCGUGCCUGUGGACAGUUAUCAUCUCUAUGCCUACCACGAAGACCCUGCCGCCACCACCACGCCAUCUCAGUGGAAGAAAAUCGGAGAAGUGAAGGCGCUGCCCCUUCCCAUGGCCUGCACUCUCACUCAGUUUGUGUCAGGAAGCAAGUAUUACUUCGCAGUCCGAGCGAAGGACAUUUACGGCCGAUAUGGACCUUUUUGUGACCCACAGUCGACUGAUGUGAUGUCGACUCAGGGUAAUUAAUACAUAAAAAAUCAAAACGGACAAAAAAAUCCCAAGAUAUUUUUUCAUUUCUUUUCUUACAUCAUGCAUGACGUGUUGUAGUUUUUCUAUAGAUGUCUCAGACUCAGUUAGUACCUGUGUACACUACACUGUAUAUAUAUAUAAGAGGGUCAUGAUAUAAAUGAGGCAGCACAAUAAAUACAGGAUAUUGCGUCGAAAUGUGCUGCUUACCUCCGCAAAGAAAAGUUGCAUUUCUUUUCACGGCAGACUCACUGUGACUGAAGAUGUUGGACUCUAAGAGUAAUUACUGAGGCAGCAGCAACAAUGGGAUAUUCUGCUUAUUCUAUGAUUCUUAAUCGGUCGAAGAAAAUUUAAAGAGAAACAUUCCUAAAUGUGACAUGAUGCGGACUGUUAAAGUGAUAACCCAUACUUGUAUUAACUCUGUUCUUUUUAUUUUUAUAAUUAUUUUCACUGCAGUUCCAACAAUCGUUUGGAAAAGCAGUGAAAAUUGAUCAGCAGUGACCAUAGGAUAAUUGGAUUUAUUGCAUUGUCUGAAAUACUCCCAAAAUAAAUACAACUUGCAAUAGACUGCAUACUUGAUUUUUCAAGGCAUUGUGACUGACUGAGCCUCAACAAAGUCAGACCUAUCCCCAUUCUUAAUUUUUCCAGUAAAAUAAUUGAAACAGUGUAAAACUUUGAUCUGUGUUGCUUCACUCUGUUUUGGUGGGAAGGGUUUUGGCACGACAGGGUGGUGAAUAAAAGCAGAUUCUAUGUUUUUUUGCCAAAUGCCUGUGUUAGAAGUGUUUUCAGAGCAAUCUGUUAGUUCAGAAGAUGCAGAUAAGAUUCUCGAAUAUAUUUUUAAUCAGUGUGAAAAAAGUACUUAUGUGUUCACUGGAUGGUGAGUCUUUGAGAGAACCUUUUUUUCAUCAGUACCACUUUUCUGGUCUAAUGAAUUUUUUAAAAAGAUAUAAAUAUAUAUAUAUGUAUAUGUCAAUCUCAAACCCGCUCUCCCAUUAAAGCCACUAUGUUGUAUAUA